AUGGGGAUUGAUUACUACAAUGUGCUCAAGGUGAGUCGAAACGCUAACGAAGAUGAUCUAAAGAAGUCUUACCGGAGAAUGGCGAUGAAAUGGCACCCUGACAAAAAUCCAACAAGCAAAAAAGAAGCAGAAGCUAAGUUCAAACAGAUCUCCGAAGCCUAUGACGUUCUGAGCGAUCCUCAAAGACGCCAGAUCUACGAUCAAUACGGAGAAGAAGGACUUAAAUCCUCCGAUUUACCUACUGCGGCUGAGACGGCGGCUCAGCAGCGGAGUUACUCGUCUGGUAACUCUGAGUUUCGGUAUUAUCCGCGUGAUGCCGAAGAUAUCUUUGCAGAGUUUUUCGGCGCAUCUGAGAGUACUUUUGACGGAUCCACCGGAGCAAGCAGCGGAAGGACACGUGGAGAUGGUGGCGGCGGCGGGGGGAGGAGGUUUAAAAGUGCAGAAGCAGGAAGUCAGGCGAACAGAAAGACACCGCCGGCGAAUAGGAAAGCUCCGGCUAUUGAGAGCAAAUUGGCUUGCACACUGGAGGAGCUCUACAAAGGUGCGAAGAAGAAGAUGCGAAUCUCUCGCGUUGUUCCUGAUGAUUUUGGAAGGCCAAAGACAGUUCAAGAGAUAUUGAAGAUAGACAUAAAACCAGGUUGGAAGAAAGGCACAAAGAUAACUUUCCCAGAGAAAGGAAACCAAGAACCAGGUGUUACUCCUGCAGAUCUCAUAUUCGUGGUAGACGAGAAACCGCAUUCGGUAUACAAAAGAGACGGUAACGAUCUGAUUGUCGAGAAGGAAAUCUCUCUUAUAGAUGCUUUAACCGGUGUCACCGUUAGCCUGGUGACACUAGACGGAAGGAACCUAACAAUCCCGGUACUGGAUAUCGUAAAACCGGGUCAGGAGAUUGUGAUCCCGAACGAGGGAAUGCCUACCAAAGACCCUUUGAAAAGAGGAGACCUCAGAGUUAGCUUUGAGAUCUUGUUCCCGUCAAGGCUAACAUCAGAACAGAAGAAUGACCUCAAGAGAGUUCUUGGUGGAAGCUAA